AUGGCGUCGUCGAAUCUCAACAAGAUUGGCAACAAGAUCAAGCGGCAGGAGCAACACUUGAAGGCGAAGAAGCUGAAAGAGAGCGCGAAGCGAGACGAUCGGUUGCGAAGGAGAAGACAUGAAGAUAAGAACCCACAUCUGAGAGCGCAGAGACAGGCGAAGAAUGUGCCGCAGACGAUAGACAGCAAGCGAACGUGGGAUGAGGUCGAUGAUGCCGACGAGGAUGAGGCAAGACUGGACAGAGCGGUCAAUGUCUUGAACCCAAAGCGGAGGAAAGUCGAGAAAGAUGCGCCGGCAGACGAGGGCGACGGCUUGACGAGUGGGAAGCUGGAGGCACUGGAGAAAGCGCAGGAGAGGGCAGAGAAGGGCGAGGAGGAAGAUGAGGAUCGCGACAGUAUGCUGGACUCCGACUCAGAGGGGGAGGACGAGGACGCAGACUCCGCAUCAGACACCACCUCAAAUCGCAAACGUUCCGCCCGCGCCCCCAGCGAAGCACCCUCAGCAGCCCCCUCCGCCGCCACAGCAGUAACAGCAGCAACAGACAUGACAGUGCGCCCCGAAGCCCUCCGCGCCAAAUUCCCCUCCCUCUUCAACGAAACCACCCACGACCCCAAAGUCCUACUCACAACCUCCAUAAACUCCACCCUACACCACGAAGCCGAGCUCCUCACCACCCUCUUCCCCAACUGCACCUACAUCAAACGCACCGCAAACUUCCACGGCUACAAAUACUCCAUCCGCGAAAUCGCCUCCUACGCCUCCGCCCCCUCACGGGGCUACACCCACGUCGUCGUCCUGAACGAAGACCUCAAGAAACCUAAAGGGCUAGACAUAGUCCAUCUCCCGCACGGCCCAAUGUUCCACUUCAGCAUCUCCAACUGGAUCCCCGGCGCGCGUUUGCCCGGGCACGGGAACCCCACAAACCACUACCCCGAACUAAUCCUCAACGGCUUCAAAACGCCCCUCGGCCUCUUGGCCGCCCACCUCUUCAAAUCCCUCUUUCCCCCUCGCCCCGAGAUCCAGGGGAGACAAGUCGUUACCCUGCACAACCAGCGCGAUUACAUUUUCGUGCGGCGGCAUCGCUACGUGUUCCGCGACAAGAAGCAGACUGAAAAGGUCAUCCAUGGCACCGACGGGAAACCGAUGAAGGGCGCGGAAGAUAUCAGGGCGGGACUGCAAGAGUUGGGGCCGAGGUUUACGUUGAAGUUGAGGCGGGUUGAUAAGGGGAUUCAAAGGGCUAGUGGGCAAGAGUGGGAGUGGAAGGCUGGGGAUGAGAAGGUUCGGACGAGGUUUAGUUUGUAG